ACACAACCUCAGAUUGGUCAACUGGCUGAAAACAAACACUGAUGUGUCAGAAAAUAUGAAGAGGUUAACAACUGAACUUUUUCCAAACCAAAUUCAAGUUUCCUUGUGUCCACUACUCUUUUGUAGUCCAGUGAUGUGAAUCAUAGUGCAGCAUGGGACAAACUUCCUCUGCUGUGUGGGCCAUGCUGUGCAGCUUACCUUGGCACUAUGUUGUGGAGGCAGUGCAGCACCUCACCCACCUAUAACACUGUGUUGUGGAGGCAGUGCAGCACCUCAUCCACCUGUAACACUGUGUUGUGGAGGCAGUGCAGCACCUCACCCACCUGUAACACUGUGUUGUGGAGGCAGUGCAGCACCUCACCCACCUGUGACACUUCUCUUCAGACUGGUGAUUAGUGAAGGGACUGGCCUAGGGCAACAAAAAGGCCCACUGAAGGUGCAGUCCCCAAAGAGUGUAGUCAAAGGGUUAUCCAAAAUAUGUGUUUUGAAACAGUUUAGUUCAAAGGCAGGAGGGAAUACAGCAGCAGGCAGAGAGUUUCAGAGUCUACAGGAUCUGAAUUUUACCUACACAGGUGUGGUUCUGCCUCUGUGCCUAUAUUGUUUAGGUUUUUCCCUUCAAGGACGGGACAGUAGACACCUGCCAAAAUGAUAAUUACUCACAGUGAGGUCUGAAGCACUGGAUCAGGAGAACUUAUUCUUAAACCCAGCUAACUGCACUGAACGUUUCCCUUUGUGUCCCACAACACAAGGGGGCAGUCACAGCCUGCCCUCUAAAGACAACUUUCUUUCUUCACAUAAAACUACAAGGACCUAAUUAUACACACACACACACACACACACCCAAGCAGCCAAGCUGGAAGGAUGCACUGGUAGCAGCUCUACGAUCAUCAAGAUAAGCCAGUUGUGGUAUAGGGAGUUUGGAGCAGUACUGUUUCUGUCUCCAUAAUGAAAUAGGAAAAAGGUAGAGGUGAUUCUAAAAGUAGAGUUGAAAGAAAAUUAGAAGGGAAAAUGGAGCCAGACCGAAGUGGUUUGUUUACACCGAGCAAUGAGUCAGCAGUGGGAGAAAACAACUUAUCAGGGUUUUGUGAUGACACUGAGGUUAGCACAAAACUAUGGCAAAGAAGAGUGUUGGCUCUGGAAAGUGACAUGGAAAAACUGAUGGAGAGAUUCAGAGCUAUGGAAGAGACCUAGGUAAGCCAAAUUAAAGAACUGAAGGGAUUGAAAACCGAAAACAUAGAGCUAAGAAAUUGGUGCGACGCUCUGGAGAUAGAAAUUAAGGAAUGCAGUAAGAAAGUGGAAGAAAGUGCCAAAACUGUAGUGCAAUUAAAUGAAAGGCAAGAUGCAUGGAAAAAGCUCCAAGAAGGAGAUAAGGUAAAGUUUGAGAGGAAAGUAGAUAAGUUGGAGAAACAAAUGAGUGAGCAAGAGAUCAUACAAGGAGAGGCAGUAAACUUUGAGAAAAUAAUAGAAGAACAAUUAAAUGGGGCCAAAAUAAUGCAAAAGGUGGUAAAUGUUAUCAAGAUAAAUGAGUCUCUUGUAAUAGAGACAGUUAACAAAAAGAAAUGUAUAAUUGUCUUUGGGGUUAAGGAAAUUAAGGAAAUCAACAAAAAUGUAAGAGAGAAAGAGCUGAAAGAGAUAGUCAACAAAGUGGUGGGAAAGGUACAAGAGGAGGGAAGAUGUCUGGUUGAUGAAGUGGAAGAAUACCACAGAGUUGGGAAAUUUAGAGGUGAAGGACACAGACCCAUAAGAAUAAAAUUUAAAUUGCAGAAGGAAGCUGAGGAGGCUCUGACAGGAACCUGGAGAUUAGCUAAAGAUGAGGUAAAAAACAUAUGGCUGAGAAGAGACUUAAAUGAAAAGGAAAGAAAAGAGCUAGUUAAAAUGAAGGAGGAAGUAAAGGCAAUAAAACAAGGAGAGAUCAGAAGACCAGAAGGAGAUAUUUUAUUGGAGGGUGUUGGACAUGAAAGUGAGGAAGUGGUACCUGAACAGGAGGGAGAACAGGGAAACAAGCUAAGGGAAAAAAAGGGCAUUUUGAAGGUAGCUUAUACAAACAUUAAUGGACUCAUCUCAGGAUUAAGGGAAUUAAAUGUUUAUUUAAAUGAGAAAAGUCCAGAUGUAAUGGGAUUCACAGAAAUAAAAUUAUAUGAUGAGUUAGAGGUAAAGAACAUUGGGCAAAAUCAAUACAAUUUAUGGAAAAGAAGUAGAAUAUGUAAGAAAGGAGGAGGAGUGAUGUUUCUCGUCAAGAAAAGCUUAAGGGUGGUUGAAAUAGAAUAUGGUAACGGAUUAGCUGAGGCAGUAAAAAUUGGAGUGGAAAAUACACAAGGCAAAAAGAGACAAUACAUAGUGAUGUACGUACCACCAAAAACCAAUGCCUGGUCAAAUGAAGAAUAUGAAAUAAUGAUAAAAGACACAGUGAACUGGACAGAGAAAGUGUUAAGUGGUGAUAAAACUGAUCAUGAUGUGAGACUUUAACUGUAAGGAGGUGUGUUGGGAACAGUGGCACACGGAGGGAACAGAAUCAUCUUAGGGAAAUAAAUUAUUACAGCUGGCAAUGGAUGAUAUAUUAACUCAAUGGAUUAAAGGAGAUACAAGAUUUGGAAAAGAUGGAGAAGCAUCAAGACUAGAUCUGUUAUUUACUGAGGAACCAGAAGGAAUUGAGAAUGUUCACAUGGGGUGUCUGUUAGCCAAAAGUGACCACGCUACCAUAGAAUUCAAUAUAAAUGAGGAAAUAAAGAAUCAAAGGAAUGAAGAACUCCAUGCUGGGAGAUUAAACUACUGUAAGGCAGACUUUGAUAACAUGAAGUUUUUUCAAGAGGAGAGGUGGGAUAGAUUCCAUAAGGCUACAGGGGUCCAAGAGAAGUGGGACGAAUUUCUUAAAAUAUAUAAAGAAGGUGAAGAAAAGUUUAUGCCUAAAAAGCAGACAGUAAUAGCUGGUAAAAAAGAGUGGUUUAAUAAAAGAUGCAAAGCAGCGAGAAGGACAAAAGAGGAUACAUGGAAAAAAUGGAGGAAAAGUAAAUGAAUUAACUUGUGGAAUAAUUUCAAACAAGUAGGGAAUGAUUAUGUGAAGAUUCUGAGGGAUGAGCAAAGACAGUUUGAAAAAAGAUAUAAUAGACAGGUAUAAACAUGAGCCAAAACUCUUCUAUAGAUAUGUGAAUGGUAAACUGAAAAGCACAGUGAGUAGAGGAAAGCUAAUGGUAAAUGGAGUGGUUUAUGAAGACCCAAAAGAGAUUGCAGAAAUGAUGAAUAAGAGCUUUAAGGAAGUUUUUACAAAGGAAAAGGAAUUUAUAAGGCCAUUGUGCACACCUGAAAAUAGAAAAAUAGAGGAAUUUCAAGUAACAGAAGAGGAAGUUGAUGAAAUCAUCAAAACGUUAGAAUUGAGAAAGGCCACAGGACCAGAUGGAGUGUUGGGAUGGGUAAUAAAAGAAUGCAGUAACCAGCUUAGUGAUAAAUUACAUACCAUCAUAUGUACCUCUAUUAAUGAAGGAAUAGUUCCACAGGAUUGGAAAAGAGUAAACAUCGUACCCAUAUUUAAAGGAGGAGACACACAAGACCCACUAAAUUAUAGACCAGUUUCGCUGACAAGUGUAGUUGCAAAAAUAUGUGAAAGGAUAAUAAAGAACAAAUGGACAAAGUUUUCGGAAGAUAAGGUCAUUCUCACAACUUGUCAAUUUGGCUUUAGAAAAGGGAGAUCUUGUGUCACUAAUUUAUUAUGCUAUUAUUCAAGAGUAAUUGAUAUACAGGAGAGAGAUAGUUGGUCAGACUGUAUUUAUCUAGAUUUAAGAAAAGCUUUUGAUAAAGUGCUGCCUAAUAGACUGCUGUGGAAGCUGGAAAAGAUAGGUGGUGUAAGUGGAAAAAUGCUGAAAUGGAUGGACAAUUUCCUUAAAAACAGAGAGAUGCAAACAGUAAUUAGGGACCAGACAUCAGUGUGGAGCCCAAUAUUAAGUGGGGUCCCCCAAGGGUCAGUGUUGGCACCAAUAAUGUUUGUGGUGUACAUAAAUGAUAUGGUGGAGAAUGUAUCCAGCUAUGUGAGUCUUUUUGCUGAUGAUGCAAAACUUAUGAGAAGAGUGAAGGGAACGGAAGAUUGUGAAGAAUUACAAAGAUAUAUAGACAAGGUGUGGGAGGGGAGCAACAGAUGGCAAAUGGAAUUUAACUCUGGUAAGUGUAAAAAUAUGGAAUUUGGAAAAAGUUAACAAGGUGUAGAUAAGAUAAGAAAUGAAACAAUAAAUAAGACAACAAGAGAAAAUGAUCUGGGAGUGAUUUUCUCAGAAAAUUUAUCAUCAGAAAAACAUAUUAACAAGAUAACAGGUGAAACUCUCAGCCUACUAAGAAAUAUAAGAGUUGCCUUUGCUUAUCUGGAUAUAGAAAUGACGAGGAAUAUUAUCACCACAAUGAUACGGUAAUCUGGUCACCACAUGAAAAAAAAGCACAUAAGAAAGUUGGAAGGAAUACAGAGAGCAGCAACAAAGAUGAUAACAGAAUUGCAAGAUAUGUCAUAUGAGGAGCGACUAGCUAGAAUGCAACUCCCAACCUUGGAAAAGAGAUGAGAGAGAGGUGACUUGAUUGCUUUGUACAGAUUGCUGAGUGGGAUGGAAAAACUAGAUAGGGAACAUCUCUUUAUAAUGAACAAAAGAGAAACAAGAGGACAUGGAAGAAAACUAAAAGUAACCACCUGCAGAAGGUACAUAAAGAAGUGUUACGAGAGGACAAGAUCAUGAAGAUACCCAGACUGAGUCCCAGCGGAAGUGGAGGAUGACGUCGCGCUACGUCACCUCGCUGGCCGCCUACCCUGGGGCUCGGGAGUAUCACGUGACGUGUAGCAGCCCUGGGAUUGGUGGCGGAACAGUUUGGGAGACAGAGUGGCGGGAGAGCACUGGUGAGGAAAGGAAGCCCGCGCGUCGCCGACACUGCCUCCUGUACUUGUAUGUGCCUUUUUGUGAGCUGGAGCGAGGCAUCAAGAAGCCUUCCGAGGGUCGACAAGAUGCCCGGGGUGCCGAGCUACAGCAUAGGACUACUGUGUAGUGUGAGCAACGGAGAAUAGAGGGCCAGAAGCCGACAAGUGUGUUUUACUACUCGCCUUCUGAGGGGAGCCAGGGGAGAACACGGAGCGCCGCAGGGUAAGUUCACCGUCACGUAUGCAGGAAGCACUGGACCCCAAAAGUGUAAGUGUGACGGCCCACGGGGUGGUGAAGUUACAGUGGUGUCAGGAGUGGGAAGAGUUAAGUGCUAACUGUGUGCGUCGCGGUGUGUUACCGAGUGUGCGUGUGUAUUGGACAGGGGAGGCGAACAGCGGUGGUACGGGUAACGUACUUGUGGAUCGCAGCGGGCGGGCGGACGGUGCAGUGUGUUUUGCCAUGGUAAGCUGCGUGUUGUGUUAAGUUACGGUGCCUUACAGUAAUUAAGUCAGCAUGGCGGCGAAAGAAAUCACACUAGCGGAUGUUAUGAGUGCCCUGAAGGCGCAGGGAGAGGUACAGCAUGCUGAGUUGCAAGCGGUGACGAGCAGUGUAGACCGUGUAUUUAAGGAGGUUAUGGGGCUCAUGAAGGAGGAGUGUUCACGGGUUAAAGACGAGGUGUUAAGUGAAGUGUUCACCAAGGAUCAGGUGAAGGGAGAGGUGGAAAAAGCGGCCAGUGAACUGAGGAGAUAUGUGGAUGAGGUUGUGGCGGCACAGGCGCCUCCUGUACUCUCUCAGCAUAAAGGCACGCUGUUCCAGUCAAGUGGGCGUGCUAGUGAGACUGAGGGGGGGAGUGACGAAGAGGAGGAGGAUAAUAGUUGUCACGGAAGCCUAAACAGCCUUUCUCCAUUGGCCAAGGUGAUACCGUCUCCCCUACGCUCUCCUGUAAACGUCUUAUCACCUCCACCAUCCCCGCUAGCCUCAGUAAAGUCGUACCCCUCUGCUGCCAGCUCCACGUCACGGAGGCUGAAGGACGGGACGAGGCGCCGGCCACAGGAGUUCGAUGGAACAGUGUCUUGGGAAGCGUAUAAGACACAGUUCGAGCUCUUGGCCAGCGCCCGCCAGUGGAGUCGCCCUGAGAUGGCCAUGCAGCUGGUGUGGGCACUCAAAGGACCGGCAUUAGAAGUCCUGAACCAGCUGCCAGCUGCCCAGCGGUGCUCGUAUAGUAAAGUGACGGCGACACUGGAGAGGAGGUACGGGUACCAGCACCAAACCGAGGUGUUCAGGACAAGGUUCCGGGCCAGGUUACGAGGCCCGGGGGAGACCCUGACACGCCUGGCGCAGGAUUUGGAGGUGCUGGUGCGGCGUGCGUACCCAGAGGCCAGUGAGGAGAUGAUCACCAUUCUCCUGCGGGAUCAGUUCGUUGAUGCCAUCGAUAACCAACAACUGAGGAUAUACGUCCAGCAGGCACACCCCAAGGACCUUCAGGAGGCCCUGGCGAGGGGCCUGGAGAUGGAGUCAUUUCUCCGGACGACGCGGGAGCGACCCAGUGGGAAUUAUGUCCCGCAGAGAGUGAAGGCAAAGAGAGGGGCCGUGCAGAAGGCCUACUCUAGCCCUUCACCGCCCCUAGGUGAGUUCAGGGGUAAGUGCUACUCUUGCGGGCAGCAGGGGCACACCAAGAGGUACUGCCCGCAGGGAUCGAGUAGCGGAAAGGCUGUCAACGGCAGAGCAGGGCAAUACCAGUACAAACCCUGUUGUUGGAACUGCGGUCAGGGGCACAAGAUGGCAGAGUGUGCCCUCAUCUCUCCCAGGGAUAGCAAGGAGGCUGGGGGAAACGGAAAGAGGCUGGUGGAAGGGGUCGAGCGCCAGCCAGAGAGCCAGAGACCCCAGUCCGCCUAA